AUGGAUCCUGUUAAUGUUUCAGGCAUCAGUUGUAAUUUUACGGCACAUUUUUUUGGAAACUCCUCAUCGUGCGCUCAGUCAAACCGGCAGCCUUCAUUCGCCAUACCGAACCCUUAUGAAGAGUUCUUCAAGGUCGCGUUUGGCUCAGCAAUCUACAUACUCACCGUGUCAUUGAUAACCAUCAUGGCAAAUGGCUUACUGCUUCUUGUGUUUUUCUUCGAUCCUUUGAAGAUCUUCAGAAAUGCUACAACCUAUUUCCUUGUCGGUCUUGCUGUGGUCGACAUUCUGACGGCUGCAACGCAGGAACCGGUGUAUGCCACGUGUUUCAUUAUGAUGUACACAAGGCACCCUGAUACCCGCUAUACGUGCCCCAAACUAUUGAGUGUUGGACAGACCAUCUCUAUAGCUUCGAUGAAUUGUUCGUUUCUUAUCGUGCUCGCAUUUACUUUAACACAAUAUGUUGUUGUGAUUUCCCCUCUGAACUACGCUCAAAAUGUAACGAAAAGGCGAGUUAUUAUCUGCGUCUUAGCUAUCUAUGUGUACAGCGUAUUGUUCAGCGUGUUGCCGGAGAUGGGAGUUUCUGAAGACGCGCAACGAAAGAUUGACAAUACAUUUCACUCCAUAUGCUUGAUAUAUUUUACCGUAAUUAUCUACAUCCUUCUUUUUAUCGCUUUUAAGAAGAAAAUGGCUGNUUAUUAUCUGCGUCUUAGCUAUCUAUGUGUACGGCGUAUUGUUCAGCGCGUUGCCGGAGAUGGGAGUUUCUGAAGACGCGCAACGAAAGAUUGACAAUACAUUUCACUCCAUAUGCUUGAUAUAUUUUACCGUAAUUAUCUACAUCCUUCUUUUUAUCGCUUUUAAGAAGAAAAUGGCUGAUUCCAAGAGUCUUCGAGAAGACAAGAAAACUAACGAUGGAAGCAAAGACGACAGGGGGACAGAUGUUGAACGUAAGUUUAUAACUGUCAAUUUUCUUCUGAUCGCCAUCUUGUUUCUAACUUCGCAGCCAGCUGCAAUGUUUUGGAUUGCUAAGUUAUACUCCUCGGAGGACCCUAACAGUCCGAAAUUUCUUAUCAUUAAUCUCAUGGUGGAUAACCUGCUUUACUUGAAGUUCUUGCUUGACCCGUUUGUGUACGCAUGGCGAAUUCCUAAAUAUCGUCAGGCGCUUAUGAUCGUCUUGCGUUGCGGCAAAGAUAAGCCUGAGAGAUCAAAGCUCAGUAAUCGCGUCAUAGCUGAGAUGAGCAGAUCACGUGAAACUGUUAUAACUUUGGACUUCAAGUAAAUUUCCAAUCUUUAAAGUUGAAGAAAGUACUUCACUGCUCGUCCUUACUGAACAUUUUGUUUCAAUUUAUUUACAUGUCGCAUUCCAAGAUUAUGCGAUUAUUACACUGACGCCUACACUUUGUUGACGCUUUUUCAUCAGUUGUGAUACUAAUAACUUGCUUUACUGCAGCUAACAGUGAUCUGGGCAAUUAGAUGAAAAUUCAUGGCAACCAUGACAAAUAUUUAAUCAGUACUUUAAAUAAUACCUUAUAAAAGUGUAUAAAUUAGUCUUCAUUUUUAGAUUCAGAUUUAGAUUCGGAUUCGACAACAUUACAGUGCUUGGCUCCAAGCGAAGUGCUACUUAUAGAUUCAAAUGUACCAAAACGUUUGCUGCACGUGCAAAGCUGUUAUUUUACUUAUUAGAACUACUGGUUUUUUAACGUUGUCUUUACUCUCUCCGCCAUCGUUGCUAAAAAGCUCCUUGGUGAAAGUGCUGUGAGAAGGGACCUACGCAUUCAAUCGAAUAACCGUGACAUUUAUUAAAUGAUUGCGUUUAAUAAACUGCUUUACCUUGUGACACAAAGAGACCUCGAAAUGACCUAAGGGUGGUGUAGUGUUGACUGGAAAAGACACCAUUAUAAUUUUUCUAUUUUCGCUUUGACUUGUCAUGGAAUUUGCUUUCUGUACUGGCAAUUUUUUGGUUAAGUUUAAUACAAGGUCAAUGUCGUGUCCAAUUCAGCGCCACUUCGAGGUUGCGAGGGAGACUUGGUCGAGAUAGUUGUCAAAGUGCCAUAUGGGGUGGGACUGUUUUGGGACGCGGGUAUUAGUGUAUUUAGUGGAAUCUCUAGUGUUUGAUUAAAGAUUUUUUGAUAUUAUAUACGGUGUCGAGUCUAAGGUAAGCGAGAAUAGAUAAAUUAGGACUGUUUAAAUGAUGUUUUUCGUUCUUGCGAAAUUAGAUAUUAUAAUGUUGGAUAACCUCUGUUAGUAAAAUAAAUAAAAAAUGAAAAAAAAGAAAAAUGUAUGUAAUUUUUCUACCCACGAACUUGUGAUUCGCUAAUUGGUAAUUGGAAAUUAUUCGUGCGUUUUUGAAGAUCAAAAUGGAUGGGAGGGAAGGGGAGAAAUAUGGUAUGAGCGACUCAGGCUGGCUAGAAACUAUUUUAUGACCAGUUAAGACUGUUUCGGCAAGAGCAGCUGAAAGCUCGGCCUCAGUGGCGCAUCAAUUUCUGCAUGAUCUGCAGGUUAAUUUACGCUGAAUUAAUUUAACGCCUGUGAACUUAUGAAACGUAUUAAUUCCGUAACUUCCAGGACGACUGUAACAGUUGAAAGUAAAAUAAAAGGAAAUAAAAGGAAGGUUUAGAAAGCAAGACAAUAACUCUGCAUGCGCCUCAAGCUUUUCGUCAAAUUCACGGCCGCCCGGUAUGAACUGCAACGCGAAAUGAUAAUUGUUAGUUUCUCAGAGAAAGUUAACAGCAAGACGAUAAUCUCGUCACUAGAUAUACGAACUCGAAUUCGGACCUCUCUCUCUUCACCUCCAAAAUUAUUCCCUACUCAGCUAAAAGCGUAUGCGAAGUCAGAUUUUUAGUGAUAUUUUUAUUGGUGUCGCCCUUGUCGUAUCACAAGAUCCCCACAAUUUUCGGUGAAUUAUUUGAGCCAUUGAAUCAUUGCAGAUGUUACUGCAUGGUAUUCUUAAGACAUUGCAUUUACCUGUGAAUACUAUUUUUACCACGAAUGGCAUUAUCACCAGUGUUGCUUGUUCAAGAACAGAUUAUACUGGGAAUUAUGUAAUUAAAAUCAGCUGGCUUGUUUUGCGAUUACUAAAGGGUCUUAUUGUUAAUCAAAAUUUUGAAAUACAGAUUCUCCGAUAUAAAUAAGUUCUUUCUCUACCCCUUCAAAAAGCUUGAUUUAAUAAUGUGCUUUCGCUUUGAUUUUAAUAAUGUCACGAUAAAUCUGAUGACGUGUCAAACUUUUUCAUUUGAUACAUUUAACUCUAUUGAAGUUGUUACUUCAUACUCACAAAUAAAGUUCAACACUGGCUAAACACAAGAGAUAUAAGGCCUGAAUGAUCGGCUUUUAAAUUAGCUUUUUCAUUCAGUUACCCCUGGUGAUUAAGGUUCAUAUUAAGAGUUAAGAAAUAAAUAGAGGAAAAAAAAUAAUCAAGUGUACCUCAGGAAUACAAUACCGCAGACUGAUCGAACAACCUGAUAAAAUUAAAUGAAAAAAAGAAAGAUUUUGAUGAAAAUGAUAACAGGCAGGGAUUCUAUAUAUAUUUAUAUAUUUUUUUGCAUGCAAGUAAACAAGGUAUAAAGAGCUCAGUUCCAUUCUAGAUCAGAACAGACUCUGUGAACUCAACAACAGGUGUACCUAAUCCUAGAAAACAAACCAAAGAUGAACUUCACUUGCAACAAUUCCUGGUCGGUCCGCAAUAGGUCCUUGCCGAACGAAAAUGACAGUGAAUCAAACAAUAAUUCACUGUGCCUGGAUUCAAUCCAGUCAGGACUUGCUGCAGUAAACCCAUACGCCGCUUUCUUUUCGGUAGCAUUCGGUUCGUCUAUCUUUAUCGUCAUUGUUUCUUUUAUCACCGUGGUGGCCAACAGUUGCCUUCUCUUAGCUUUCUUCGUGGACCCACUGAAGAUGUUUCGUAAUCCCACUACAUAUUUUCUCAUUGGUUUAGCAAUAGCUGACUUGCUGAGCGCCUUGGUUCAGGAACCGAUAUACGCCGCCUGUUUUAUGCUUCUGUACUUUCAGAGUCCUUCGGCGAAGAAAUGUCCACCCUUUAUGGCUUUUGGAAAACAGUUCGUAUCAACUACCAUGACGGUUUCCUUUAUCAUCGUUUUUGCCUUUACCUUGACGCAGUAUAUCGUGGUUUCAUCUCCAUUAAAGUAUGCUCGAUUAGUGACCAAGAAGAAGGUUUUGAUCGGCGUUGCUACCAUUUACGUCUACUCUUCAUUUUUGUGGUGCCUUCCCUUAAUGGGCUUGUCUUUGCACUACGUUGAAAUGUUUGAUUUAAUUGUCCAUAACUAUGUUUUAGUUAUCAGUACCGUUGUUCUCUACAUCCUUUUACACCGCCUGAUGAAGAAAAAGAUGGCAGCGGGAAACUCUCUUCAAGGGCAAGCUACUUCAAGGGAAGACAGUAGACACACCCAAGUACAGCGCAACUUCGUGCGCGUAAAUUUUAUGCUCCUUGCCGUGCUGACCAUAUGUGCUAUGCCUCCAGCUAUCAUGUGGACAAUAGUAAUUUCCAUAGGAAAGACACUUAAUCCUUCGGUGAAUUUGCUGAUUGGCCAGCUUAUGUCUGAUAACCUGUUUUAUCUAAAGUCCCUUCUUAACCCAUUUAUUUACGCUUGGCGUUUGAUGAAGUAUCGCCAGGCUUUUUACAAGAGUUUUUAUCGCAAGAAAACUGGGAAAUACUCGGGAGAAACAAAAAGUGCUACUGGAACAAGAAGCAGAGGUGAACUAGUAGAAGUGUCAAGUUUCACGUCAAAUGCUGUAAGCUUUCCAUCCAGCCAAUCAGUGAUUACUUUGCUGAGCUUCAAAGAACUGGAAAAGUAG